GGUACCCAUUCGUCUGGUACGCGGCAUGCAUCUGCAUUUUACGCGACUGGUUAUGCGUCAUAGAAUGGUGUCCCCAACUAUGCUGCAGAACUAGAGCCACCACGAUGAAUUGGUCGGUGAUUGGUCGUACUCGAGAAGCCUGCAGUUCCGGCGUCUGGUUAGGAGUGAUCGUUCCAGUUCUUUUAUCGCGUACUGGUAACUAUUCGUUGGCAUUAGAUUUGUGCAGCUGCGUGGUACAUUUACUCCUACUCUUAAAUACCGUGCACACAGUUUUUGUGUCGUUCCUCUUUUAUUCUUCUUAUAUAUGUACCUACUUCCUCCAUACUACCCUCUCUAUUCGAUCUCUAUUCGUUUUGGGUUUCAAUCUCUUCUGCACACGCGGAUUACUGCAGACUUAUCCUAAAACAUUCACAAUUGGUGAGGCACUUAUCCUAUCCCAUUUGUUAACCGUGUUUAUCCAGUCCUCUCCAUUGUUUCUUUUGGCGUUCCUGACUGCUUACUUUGUUGAGCGGUAUUCCGUUCGUUGCACAUUUGGCGCUGUAACCCCCCUCGUACUCAUGAACUUAUCAGGUAUAUCUUUCAUCUUACGAAAACUGUUUCCCAAGUUUUAUACUCUGUAUAGACUGAGAUUGCAUUCUCUCAAAUGCUUCUUCACUUUUCCUAAUCUUCUGUUAAUAUUUACUUGGAUGAUCCUGUUACUGUUGUGUGUCAGCAUCGUCUGGGUUAAUCGUUGCAUUCAUCCCGAAUGGAUUAUAUCACCUGCUGUGAACCGUGGGCCUUCGAGUUUGAAUCAGACUGCGUCUCCGAACAAUCUGGAACUGCAUGGGGAGUUUCAAGACCCACUGGGACCCUGUGUUAGUUCAUCUGGUCUAACUCCUGCUACGGACCUCUCUCGGCACGGAACUCUGCGGAGAUUCAUUCAUUCUGAAACCCCUAACCGUUAUUUUCAGCUGCGCAAACUUUUUCACAUAUGUGCUGGUUUGGUCUUCACUCUGGGACUGCUCAUUUCACCUCUGCUCUUAAGUUUGUGCUCCGCGUGUCUAUUCGUGGCAUUUGGGGUUUCAGAGUGGAUACGCCGUUGUGGGCCAAAGAAAUAUGCACAAACUUUAAACGAUCUACUUGGUCCAUUCCGUGAUAGCCGCGACUCUGGUGAUUUGAUCUUCACUCCGAUCGCUCUUCUACUUGGCCUCAGCAUUCCGAUUUGGUUCCCAGUCCCUUCGAUAACACAUCAGUCAGUUGACUUGAGUCAUCUAUGUUCCAAUUGGGAACCCCCGCCUUUGGCUUGGUCCGGCGUCCUGUCGAUCGCCAUCGGUGAUACCCUGGCAGCCUUGAUUGGCCGAGCAUGGGGUCGACUUCGCUGGCCUGGAUCCCAUCGCACUUUCCUGGGUUCCGCUGUGUCCUAUUUGGGUCAGGUACUGUGUACACGCUCCUCUUCUGGCUACUUCUGUCGCGCCAUCAUAGAUGGCCCUGGCGAGUUGGCUUGCUUCCCAUUGCGACGGGGGUUUUGGUCGAGGCCUACACCGAGCAAAUCGACAACCUUGUUGUUCCACUAGUUGUCAUGACGGUCUUUACGCUUCAACCAUCGAGCUGAAAAUUGCCUCAUACACACACACCUUCAUAUCCCACAGUGACAUUCUCCUGCCUGCUUUUGUAUUUCUCCUGUUCAGCUAUUUUGUGUCACUUGUUUUUUGUGCACUAUUCGAAUGACCUUUCUUAAUCACCGCAUUGUCUUCUGUUUUACAGAUUCUUUGUUGGUUAUUAGCCCUCUCCUUACGUUGGCGAGAGUGCUUUAAUCGUUGUGCCAUAAUUAUACGUUGACGAUUGAUGGGGAGUUGGCUUUGUAUAUAAGAUGAGCCGUUAGAAUAGGAACCCAUUGUUGGUGAUAAAACAACUUUG